AGCUGGGGGAUGGAUGGUGUGAUGGAUACCUACGUGAAGGUUGUGUAUGGAGAUUGAUAUCCUAAUACAUCUGAUGAGAUCUUAUGGUAGAUACUGUAUCGUAUCAGUUCCUUAUAUGCGUCGAAUAUCGUUGAGCAAGAUUUUCACCGGAGGGAGACGUUGAUGAUGGAUUUUUGUAUGUAUGUUUGUAUAGAUAGAUAGUAGACUAUCUAUGAUUGAUAUUCUUCAUGGUCUGCACGAUGCUGGGGGGGAGGGGUGAAAGGUAAACAAGAAGGGAUGGAUGAUUUUUGUUUGUGGAUUUUCUGUCUUGUUAUAUUUUCCCGAAAGAAGGUAUGCAAUGUCUUUCUUACUGUAUCUAAGAGCUUGUUCUGUUACUCCCUUUCCCCUGAUAUGUCUCCCUCUGGGUGAUGGUUCCGCGGCGGAUCUUCUUAAUGUACAUACUCACUUUCAAUGUGAGAUUUUCUCUGUGACAUUGCGAUUACCAUAGCUUGAUAUAUAUCCACAGAUCAUAGUUAUCCGUCCGUUUCAGUCGCAGAUGCAGAUACAGUACUAAUCCCAAAGAUUGCAACAGCAACGGCAAAGAAAGUUUGUCUUUUUGCUGCCUUGACCGGGAAGUUAACAAAUAUCAAGACCUUCCUUUCACAGUGAGUUCCUCGAAUUAGGGGACUCUCAAGAAAUUCAAUUGAUAGUUCCUCGGGCUCCCUUGCGGAAAGUUGAAUGUGAUGAAAUCGUUCGACGCCAAAAUGCGUCUCGGCAUGAAUAUUAUUUUGAACCUUUGGUUGAAGGAGUAGACACAUGAUAAUAGCAAUAGCGAUAGCAAUAGCGAUACGAAUAGCAAUGACAUCAUAUCCGCUAAAUCGAUGUUUCUCAUCCUCUUCUUCUGAGUCCUCACUAUCUCCAGGAAUGGAAGCUACAAACCCCUGAGUUCUUCUGCCUUCUAUCUUCCAUCUCUUUAUUUCCUUUCCCUUCUAAAUCUUCACCUUGAAUAGCAUCUUUCUCUCCAUCUCUCUCUCUCUCUCUCUCUACUCAUACGUCUAGAUUACCCGCAUCCUGCGGAAUGUUCAUGAUCUUAAUCUUGCUAGCAUGCGAACAAACGACUCAUCGAAUGCGCACACUCGACUAGAGGUUCCGUCGACCUUGCAACUUCUGUAAUGUUCAAUUGAUGCAUCAUGGUAUUUAGCAAUUGACGACUGACUUUGUGGAGGAUCGUGAACUCUGUCACUAUUCAUCAGUCUUAUAGGUUUCAAUCCCCAGUAUCCGAGCAAAUGAUAUUACAGAUCUUCCAGUUAAGGGUUUUAAGGAAACAUCGCAUGGGUUCAAUGGCAAGUAGAUGUAUCGAUCAGUAUUGAAAAUCCAGAUAAUUCGACUAGAAGCGAGUUGCAAUUUUUCUGGUUGAGGAUCGGAGUUCGGUCAACUUAUUCGGAUCUCUUGUUUACUGCAGAAGCAAGUAAUGAGAUGGGUCUGGUUAAGAUUUGAGGAUUGUGAUGUAGGAAUGUAGGAGUAGGGUAUGUGUCGCGGAUCAUCAAGCCUGCAGUGAUGGAAGCAGCGGCGGAAACCCCCAAGGGUUAUUCACAUGUAUGCUAUCACCAAAUUGACAGUGAGAAUAUUGACAGACAAUUUUCCAUUCGGCCCAUAACACGAUCGAGCUAUCUUCCCAAUUAUAGCUAUCUAAAUGAUCUCAUGCGAUCUCUUCGGUACGCAAUGAGUAAUUCGCCUAACCUUACGAGUACGUAUCAUACAAAAUCAAUAAACGUCACAUCACCACAAUUAUUUACCAUACUCCACUUUAUUCCCCUUACUAAUCUUCCCACAUCAACCAAUCAUAUUCGAGGCUCUCCACCAACCCCUCCGAAUGGCCGACUUAUCAAUAUCAAUAUCCAUAUCCCGAAAUACACUCCUACCUCCAAAACUUUCCUUCUUCCUCGCCUUCAAAGUUUAUAUUUGAAUUGA